AUGGCCGACCUGUCGCAGAUGAGCUGGCACCUGGACGACCGGGUGCAACCCAUACAACUGCGAUAUGAACCAUCCAGUGCUACAACAAGUCAAGGGACUAUUGCGAAAACGUCAAAACACGAUAAACAGCCGACUGCCCCUCCUCGUCCUCCUGUCGCCAGAAAGGUUUGCCUUCGAAAAAUUUACUCUAAAAUCACUCCCAGAAUCCGAAUCCUCUAUAUUUCACAAGAAUUGUAA